AUGAGUUUAUUAUGGAACUUCAUUUGCAGCGUCAAGAUCAAACCGUCGUGCAAUCUCAUCUUGUGCAAGUACCCACACGACAAGCAAACCUGCGAUCUGCUUAUCAAGUCCUUCGCCUAUCCCGUAGAGACUGUACGAUUCGAAUGGUUCACACGCCGAGUUGACGCCAUCGACAAGAAUCCUGAUGUUAAGCUGCCGGAGCUGUAUAUUGACCGUUAUGAACCAACACUGUGCAAGAAGACAAGAAAGUCAGGCGCCUUUUCCUGCCUUCGAGCUGUAUUCCGCCUCAAGAGAGACGUCGGAUUUCACAUCGCUCAAACUUACAUUCCAACUUCGUUGGCGUUGAUGUUCUCUUGGGUUGGGGUUUGGCUACCCGAAGAGUUUAUGGAGGGUCGAAUCGGUGUCGCUAUCACCGUUUUGCUUACCCUUUCCACAGAAUCAGCUGGUGCUCGAGAGCAUCUACCAAGUGUCUCCUAUCUGAAGGCUAUUGAUCUCUGGUUUGGUUUCAUCACGGGAUUCGUAUUUUUCACAUUACUACAGACGUUGUUCGUGAUCGGCUUCGACAAACGAUCUAAUCAAUUGAAGAAAUGGGCAAUGAAGCAGAAAUUGGAUAUUACGGAAGAAGUACGGGAGAUGAUGUUGCUUAAAGCGGGGCGCUACCACAAAACUGGCAGGUGA